AAUUUUCCUUUAUUGUAUGAUCCAAAAGAUAUACAGGUGUCCAGGAAAUUAAAUGGAAAGAACGAGCAUUUGUUCAGUGAGAAGCUAAAUGAAAACUCAAACAAUUGAAAACGAAGUGACAACAUUUUGACAUGAGAUGUUUCAUUCCAUUUGAGCAAAAAUAACUCCAAUAUAGUAGACAGACAGUAGUUUAUUAUGCUCCAAUUAAAUCUGUAGAAAAAAGCCUGCAUGUUAUAUUUUCUUUUGCACACCUCCUCCCCAAUAAAUUGAGGUAGCAACUCAACACGUGUGGCUAUAUUCUUCUCUGGUCUUAGUGCAGUUGAGUAGGCUAUUUAGAGCUUGAAGUAUUGACUGCUCGASUGUGCUCUCUACCGCUCAGUGCGCGCUGUCCAUACAUCAAAAUACACUUCUAUACAAAUCUCUCUCUCUCUCUCUCCUAUGCUGACUUUUUGAUUUUUACAGUGCAGGAUACGGACUCAUUCAUUUGGAAACACGUUCAUGUGAGAGASGAGAGAGGCGCGUUUACCGGGAGAUGGGAAAAAGUAUCAGGCAGCGCAUAGACAACACAGAAUUUGACUAAUGUGCGUGGAGAGCAACUUUUUAACGACACUAUAGCUGUAAAGGUUAAUUGAACAAUAACUGAAUAUGCAUCUAAAGCGCAUCUUCAGUCUCCUCCAUCAGUUAUGUUUUCUUGGAGCAUUUGCCAUUGCAGAUCCACACCCCUUCCAGGAAUCCGAGUCCGAAAUUAUUUUCCCGGAGGUUUUUCCAGACACAGGUCCACCGGCUCCUGAUAAACCAAAUAGCCGAGAGACUGACGCCAGCGCCGGGGCUCCCGAUAAACCAACUAGCCGAGAGACUGACGCCAGCGCCGGGAGCAGCUCUCGGGAGGUUCGUUCCAUUUCAAACUGGGAAGAGUACGAAUCUCCAGAGCUAUACCAUUGGGAACCUCAAGGACCACAAACGGCUGCUUCCACAGGGCUGAGACUCCGAAUUCCUGCUUUUGGCAGGGACCUGCACCUCAUCCUGAAGAGAGACACUCGGUUUCUGUCCCAGAAAUUCAUGGUGGAGAGGAGACAGAAAGCACAAAAGGCAUCUCGGAGCGGUAUGCCAGUUUCGUCCGCUGCCAACACAGAAGAGAGAGGAUGCUAUUACAGCGGAACUGUUCUCAAUUACGCAGGAUCCAUUGCCUCAUUCAGCACCUGCGCAGGACUGAUGGGCUUCAUUCAACUCAAUGGAGACUUCCUCUACAUCGAGCCUGUCAAUAGAACGCUGGCCGUCYCGGGACAGGCCCACCGGGUGACCAGGAGGAAGCGCUCCACCACCGAGGAGAGACAGACAGACAAGCAGACGACAGACAAACAGACAAGCGGCAACUACUGUGGAGUCAUUCCAGAAAGACAGAAGAGUAAGACCAGGAAACCGUCUGAGGGAGGCAGAGGGAAACGGUACUCGUAUAAACUACUCCACGAGUACAACGUGGAGACUGUGGUGGUGGCCGACCCAGCCAUGGUCAGCUACCACGGCUCAGAGGCAGCCAAACGAUUCAUCCUCACCAUCAUGAAUAUGGUUUUCAACUUGUUUCAACACAAGAGCCUGGGAAUACAGAUUAAUAUCCGAUUGACUAAACUUGUGUUGCUUCACGAAACACCAUCAGACAUGUACAUUGGUCACCAUGGUGAGAAGAUGCUGGAGAGUUUCUGUCGUUGGCAGCAGGAGGAGUAUGGGAAGAAGAGCGUGAUGUCAGACUUUAGCACUCGGUGGAGGGAGGACUUACCCUCCGUGGACACGGCCAUUCUAAUCACACGGAAGGAUUUCUGCGUGCAUAAAGAUGAACCCUGUGACACUGUAGGCAUUGCCUACCUGAGCGGCAUGUGCAGCGAGAGAAGGAAAUGCAUCCUUGCUGAGGACAACGGCCUCAACCUGGCCUUCACCAUCGCUCACGAAAUGGGCCACAACAUGGGUGUGAGUCACGACAACGACCACCAGUCAUGUGCGGACGGCCUCCACAUCAUGUCGGGAGAAUGGGUCAAAGGUCAGAACCUGGGCGAUGUUUCCUGGUCCGGCUGUAGCCGUGACGACGUGGAGAAGUUCCUCCGGUCCAAGGCCAGUAGUUGUCUCCUCCAGACCGACCCGCUGAGCUUGAACUCAGUGAUCCUGCCAUUCAAACACCCAGGGAUGACCUACACGGCAGAUGAACAGUGUCAGAUCCUCUUCGGAGCCACCGCCUCCCACUGUCAGAACAUGCAGUAUGUGAUGUGUUCAGGGCUGUGGUGCCGGGUGGAUGGAGAGAAGGACUGUAAAACCAAACUGGACCCACCCAUGGAUGGCACAGAGUGUGACCCUGGAAAGUGGUGUCGUGCUGGGGAGUGUGUGAGCAGAGCGGUGCCAGUGGAGCCCAUGGGGGAGUGGAGCACCUGGGGGUCCUGGGGAACUUGCAGUCCAACCUGCAGCACUGGCAUCAGUGGACGCCAGCGCAAGUGUGAGAGUCCCAGUGGGAAAAGCCGGGACUGUGUCGGCUCCAGGAUGCAGUACAGGCUGUGUGAGAACCUACCCUGCCCUGCCGGGAGCCCCAGCUUCAGAGAUCAACAGUGCCAGACCUUCAAUCGCCCCUCCCUACACUGGCACUCCGUCAUGGAUGAUGAGAGGCCCUGUACACUGUUCUGUUCCUCCACAGGGAAAGAGCAACCCCGCCUCCUGGCUGAGAAGGUGCUGGAUGGAACCUCCUGCGGCUCUCAGGAGUCUGGCCUCUGUGCCAACGGGACAUGUCAGAAAGUGGGCUGUGACCGGAUCCUGAGUUCGAUGGCAAGAGAGGACCACUGUGGGAUGUGUAACGGCAAUGGCAAGUCUUGUAAYGUCAUCAAGGGGGACUUCAACCACACCAAAGGAGCAG